AUUAUUUACAGACCACCGUCAUAUAGCUGGAUAUUGCUGAGUGCGGCGUUAAAAACCAACGAACAAAGAAACUAACACACAAACAUAAAGACAAUCCUGGAAAAAGGUACUGAACAUAUUCACUAGUGGUCUGCAACAUGUUAGCUGGUAAGGUUAUCUGUUCUUGGCUGUCACCCUAUGAAAACAUACAUAUACGUCGUUUUCCUAUCUUGUCAAUGGUUAAAUAAGUAACUUGUUAGAAAAGUGGGGCCGAAAAGUGUUUUACUGAUGUCCUAAGUAUGUAAACAAUUCCCGAAAGGAGCUUCAGGAAUAUUAUUCUCUGUAGGUCAAACAGAAGGUCGUCUUGUGACCCGGAAGUAGUCGUAUGACCUCUAAAACACGAAACAUGCCGAGUAGUUGUACUAUGCAAGCUUUUGCCUGAAAACCAAAGCUCUUCUCAUCACUGGGCAACUGUCAAGAUGGGACGUGCAGUUUCGAAGAUGUCGAGGCCGUUGAAGAAUUUCAACGUCGAGAACAGGGCUCACAGGGCGAUAGACAAACAGGGAGAUCAACCCAAAGUGGCACCUCGAUAUCCUUCAUCUGCUCCAUUAUUGGACAAGUUUGCAGAUGACCAUCCGGAAUACCUGACAGCUCAGAAAACCAAGCAUGGCAAGCUGGUUGACAACAUGAGGAAGCUGCAGUUAGACUCCCAUGGACCUCCCCCAGAGAUCAAAUCAAAGCCAAGGCCCAAGCCAGAAAGCAGAGAUAAGUUGGAAGACCCAGAAUUUGGUUUUCUUGAGCCCGAGAGAAUCCCAGCCGGAAGGACGUCAAUACGCCAGGCAAUGCAGUUCAUCACUCAGCAUCAGUCGGCGCCGCAGGACUACAAGUCCUCUCAGAUUGCACAUGAAUACAAGCUGGACGAAGUACAUGUACAACAAAUACUCAAAUACUUUCAGACGUUCCAUAUGCAUCUGCCUAAAGCUUUGCUGGACAAGCAUCCGAAACUGAUGGACAGUUUAGGUAGGAGGGAGCCUGUUCAGAUUAAAGGCGGUGACAGUACAAUGUUGAAAGCUUCCUCUGAGACGGAUGGCACCAAAGUAUGAUAGUGGUUGUGUGUAGGGAUAGUGUGUGAAACUGAAGAGGAUGUUGCCUCGGAUACGGUGAAAAUAAGUUGAACUCAACAUGACAAGGCAUGAUUUUGUCACCUUUGAGGUAUGCUAGUUUUCUAUCUAGGAACUAAAUUCUUUUCGUUUCUCUGAUGUGUGAAUAAUAAAAUUAAUAUGAGAAAGCUGAUGGGUUUACUAAUUUGUAGAGUGCAGUGAACGUUGACACAGAAAUCACUUUCUUAAACACCUGUGGGUGAGAAACCCAUUUGAGAUAACUGGUAUCAAACAUAUGUGUGAGAUAGAAUUCCAGGCCCGUGAUUGGCUACUCCAUGGUGAUGAUGGACUUCUUUCCUUAGUGAAAGUCAUUCAUAAGUUGCUCUCGCUUCAGUUGAAUGUUCACCUAUGUCCGUAUUGAACAACAGGACCGUGUAAUUAAUAAUUAAAAUAAACAAACUCGUCCUCGUC